GACCUUUAGUUCCGUUGAUGUCAUUAGUGAUGACGGUGAUGAUAUGAUAGUUAAGAUGAGCUGAUAGUAACUGUGAUUAUCUCCUGAAUCUCCGUUAUUACAGUGUAUCUCAGUGUGGAUGGGAGGCCGCGGGUCUGACCCCGGGGUGGAGUGUUAAUGCUGACCGUGUGAGGUGAGGGGACAGUGGGCCGCAGUGCAGCAGGUGCUCCGCUGGAGCCGGACUAUGCCGCGCCGGGUCUCCGCGGCUCUACUGCUGCUGCUGCUGCUGCUCUCUCUCGGGGUUCAGGCCGGAGCUGCUGCAGAACCGCAGGACCGGUUUGAAGCAGAAACUCCGGACUGGAGGAAAACCCUGAAAACCAUCCGGAACGGAAUCCAUAAGAUCGAUACCUACCUGAACUUCGCUCUGGACCUGAUCGGGGGAUCAGACGGACUGUGCCGGUACCAGUGCAGCGACGGAUAUAAACCGAUUCCUCGACCCGGAUAUAAACCGUCACCACCCAACGGCUGUGGCUCCCCGCUGUUUGGAUUUCAGUUUGAUAUCGGGAUCCCGUCCAUGACGAGGUGCUGUAAUCAGCACGACCGCUGCUACGACACCUGCGGUGAGGAGAAGCGCGACUGUGAUGAGCAGUUCCAGAUGUGUUUAGAGACCAUCUGCAGAAAUGUCCAGACGACGCUGGGGCUGGAUCACAGUGUACAGGCGUGUGAGACGGCCGUGAAGCUGCUGUUCGACGCUGUGAUGCACCUGGGCUGUAAACCCUACCUGGACAGUCAGAGAGGGGCGUGUAUUUGCCGGUAUGAGGAGAAGACGGACCUGUAAAGGACCUCGACUGGAUCAGAAAAUCUCAGAGCACUGAAUUCAGAGGACUGCUCAGUUUAGUGCAUAAUAAUAAUCCAAUUUAUUGGAAAAUAACCUAGAUUAUGCAGCACAGUGGAAGCUUCAGCCUGAGCUUCAGAUACAUCACCUGUACAGGUUCAGUCUAGUUUUAGACCAGUUAGAUUUAUUAUUUUCAUUAUUAAUGAGAACCAUGGUGAGGAGACUGUGUAUAAUAUUUCUCAGGGAUGAGCAGAGAAUGAAUGCUAUUUUUAAUUUUAUUGAGUUUUGGGAUGAAUAAUAAUGUGAUCAGUCUACAGUGUCUCACUGCUCAGUUUCUAAAGGGUUAAAGUUGUUUGUUUUUCCUUUAAUGAAGCGACUUUUUUGUGUAUGAAUAUUUAAUAUCCGAGAUAUAUCUAAUUUAUAUCUAAUAUAUAAAAAUAAAAUGAACUGAUGGGACAGAUGAAUGUAAAUGUAAUAAUAAUAAACAUGACAAAGCUUUACUGAUGUACUGUAAUUAAACAUUAAAUAUGAUAA